GAAUUACCUUAGCCACCUCUCUCUUUAUUUUAGGGUUUCUCGGCGGGUAACAGAGGGGCAAAACUAGAGUGACCAGAAACGGCACAGAGAAGACAAACCAGUCGCCAUGGGGCGUAUGCACAGCAGAGGUAAGGGUAUAUCGGCUUCAGCUCUUCCAUACAAGAGGACCCCCCCGAGCUGGCUGAAGAUAUCUACUCAGGAUGUUGAGGAGAACAUCUGCAAGUUUGCCAAGAAGGGUUUAACACCCUCCCAAAUUGGUGUUAUUCUACGUGAUUCUCAUGGGAUUGCUCAGGUGAAGAGUGUUACCGGAAGCAAGAUAUUGCGUAUACUGAAGGCGCAUGGUCUUGCCCCUGAAAUACCUGAGGAUUUAUACCACCUCAUCAAGAAAGCUGUCUCAAUUAGAAAACAUUUGGAAAGGAACAGGAAGGACAAGGACUCUAAAUUUAGACUGAUUUUGGUUGAGAGCAGAAUCCAUCGCCUUGCUCGUUACUACAAGAAGACAAAGAAGCUUCCACCAGUAUGGAAAUAUGAGUCUACAACCGCCAGCACCCUUGUGGCUUAGGUCGGAUAUGAUCGGCACCAAUUCUAGGUGCUCACAUUGAAAAAUCAGGACUAAUUUUUAGUUUGUUACUUGUUUGCUUCAAGUUUGGAACUUUAUGAAAAUCCUCAUUGUGGAACUCCUUGGUAGUUGAUUUUGUUUGGAUUUUCAAGUGUUCACAAAUUUUUUUUGGCAGAUUUAUCUUUAAUUUUUGAAUUGGAUAAUUUGAAUAUCAUUGCAUCAUUUGGAUCCUUUGUCUGGAACAUGUUUUGGAAGAAGCUUGGGAGUCAUUGUAGGCU